GCAACGAGUUUACUUUGAGAUACGCGGCAGAUCUAUCUCUAUAUAAUCCCAUACAUACAUAUACAUAGAUAUUAGCAGUUGCAGCCCUGCCAAGAUGAGCGGCACAACCGCAGACACAGCCACAGGCGCAACGAGCAGAUGCCGGUUGCUGUGGAUGGCAUUGGCCAUUGCAGCUCUUGUCAUGGUGAACGCCCAGGACAUGCCGUCGCCGAUGUGCCGGGAUGACGAGCUCUGCACCACAGUGAUACACUGUACGGAGACGGACGACUCAGGGCGAAAGGGGAUUGGACCGCGCAUUUCCCGCUUCUGCGGCACGGGGAGGGUGUGCUGCGAACGCGCCCAGCUGGAGAGCUGGAAUGCCUCGCUGGUCGAUCGGGUAGGGAGUCAGCAGAGGACGAACAGGAGGCCAGCGGGGUCUUCGAUCAGGGACAAGAACGGCAAAGUGCUGGAACCGGAGGCGAAUGAGAGUUGCGGCAUGAACAUGGAGUGCGUGCCGCGGAAACUGUGCCGCGACAAUAUCAUCAUCGACGACGGACGGAGCAUCAUCAAUCCCAGGAUCGGCGUUGGACAGUGCAGUCGGUCCCUGCAUCGCUGCUGUGAGGUGAACCAAAAGGUGGAUGCCAGCGAUAGUCCGUAUGUCGCGAAACUGAACGGAUUCAAGUACAACAACUGCGGCUGGAGCAACCCCCAGGGCCUCAUCCCCGACAAGGACAAGUACAACUACACGGAGGACGUGUCCAUCUUUGGCCAGUUUCCCUGGAUGGUGGCCAUCUUCACCGGUCGCCAGCAGUACCUGUGCGGGGGCACGCUCAUCCACCCACAGCUGGUCAUCACCAGCUCCCACAACAUCGUGAACGAGACGGUGGACACUUUGAUGGCCCGGGCGGGCGACUGGGAUCUGAACAGUCUGGACGAGCCGUACGAGCAUCAGGGACGGCGCAUCAAGCAGAUUAUCUUGCAUCCGGAGUUCGAUCCGGAGGCACUUUUCAACGACAUUGCCAUACUGGUCCUUGACGAGCCCGUCCAACUGGCCCCCCACAUCCAGCCCCUCUGCCUGCCGCCCCCGGAGUCGCCGCAGGUCAUAGACGAUCUGCUAUCGGCCACCUGCUUUGCCACCGGCUGGGGAGCCAAGGACCCCAACAGCGACAAGCUGGAGCGGACGCUGAAGCGCAUCGACCUGCCGAUAGUGGAUCACGACGAGUGCCAGGCUAUGCUGCGGAAUACCCGCCUGGAGCAGCGCUUCCGGCUGCGCCCGAGCUUCCUCUGUGCCGGCGGCAUCGAGGGCAAGGACACCUGCAAGGGCGACGGCGGAUCGCCGCUCUUCUGCACGCUGCCCGGCCAGACCGACCGCUACCAGCUGGCCGGCAUCGUCUCCUGGGGCAUUGAGUGCGCCGAGGCGGAUAUUCCGUCAGUGUAUGCGAAUGUGCCCUAUCUACGCGCCUGGAUCGAUGAGAAAAUCAAAGGUCUCGGCCUCCAGGUGGCGGCGCCAUAAGGAUAAUACUUGUCUUAGGUUUAAUCUUAACCUUCAGGAUUCGAAUAAAGAAAUGCAAGGCGA